AUGUCGUCGUUCAACCGGCCCGUCUACACGAUCGCCUCCAUCCGGCAGGAGCUCGCGGACAAUACCCUGCAAGUCAAAGCCAUCAUACAGGAAACGUUAGCGUUCCGCGGUUCGUUGGAGGAGCUGAAUGUGCUGAAUGAGGCGGGGCGGGAGAAGCUGGGCAACUUGCGGAGGGGUAUCGAGCGCCUAGGUAUAAUGGCACAGGAUCUAGGCGAUGAAGCGCUAUACAAUGAGGUGGAAGGCCAGCGGAAGCAUUAUGCCGACACACUGCAGCAGUUCCGGAAAGCAAACAUUAGCACGAUGCUCGAGAUCGAGAAGGCGAACAAGAAGGAGCUGUUCCAGCUGAGCCCGAAUGCGAGCGAGAUGCGGCAGCGCUCGGGCAAAGGCCACCGCGCCACGAUGCUGAUACGUUCCGCCACGCAGCGGCUGCAGCAAGAGAACGUCACGGAGCGGAUGCUUUCGAUUACGCAGCAGCUGCACGACACCACGCAACGGUCGGCCGCCAACCUGGAAUCUCUCAUGAACAGCAGUUUCGUAGUGAAAUCGACACAAAACGAGCUCCACAACACGUCCGGCUCGAUAAGCAAUUCCAAGAUGCUGCUGGAGAAGUACGCCCGAAGGGACGCAACCGAUUUCGCGAUCACCGUCUUCGGCGUGAUGUUUUUCUUCGCCACCGUCAUGUUCGUGCUCUGGCGUCGGUUGUUCUGA